AUGCGGUUUGCUUCAAGGAAGAAUGGAAUGAAGAAGACCCUUUGUCAAAGGAGGGGCAGACGUGGUGUGGAGGCACGAAAUAUGACCAUGAGGGUCAGAAGACCUCUACAAGGGACCUUCAGAAAGAAAAUCCGAGAGUAUGCCAGUCAAUCGACGAAGCCAAAGAAAACAAGAAAAGCAAACCGUUUCUUCUCUGGCUGUGGACGCACGAAAUAUGACCAUGAGGGUCAGAAGACCUCUACAAGGGACCUUCAGAAAGAAAAUCCGAUCGUAUGCCACUCAAUCGACGAAGCCAAACAAAACAAGAAUUGCAAACCGUUUCUUCUCUGGCUGUGGACGUUAAAAAUCAAAUUGAAGCCGAAAAAGGCACGAAAUAUGACCAUGAGGGUCAGAAGACCUCCACAAGGGACCUUCAGAAAGAAAAUCCGAUCGUAUGCCACUCAAUCGACGAAGCCAAAGAAAACAAGAAAAGCAAACCGAUUCUUCUCUGGCUGUGGACGCACGAAAUAUGACCAUGAGGGUCAGAAGACCUCUACAAGGGACCUUCAGAAAGAAAAUCCGAUCGUAUGCCACUCAAUCGACGAAGCCAAAGAAAACAAGAAAAGCAAACCGAUUCUUCUCUGGCUGUGGACGUAA